AUGUCCUACCAAAUGCACCCGCAGGGCCAGGUGCCCUACGCGCAACCACAUGCCCCCGUUGUCCACGAGUCAGUUAAAAAGUCCAUGUCCAGGUGGUGGCCCGUCUCCUUCUUCCUCCUCGCCCUCGUCUUCUUCAUCGCGGGCGGCGGCCUUUGCGGCGGCUGGGCAGCCAGCUACGACAGCUACUACGACUCGUACGGCAACGGAGGCCUCUUGCUUGGCGCCGUCGUCUGUUUCGCCAUCGGCGGUGUUUGCAAGUUCGUUGCCUGGAUCCUGCUCAUCGUGUGGUGUGUGCGCGGACGCUCGCGGACGACUAUUACCUACGUGAAUGCUGGUCCGCCGCAGCAGCCGCCGUCGGGCGGAUACUAUCCUGCUUCUCAGCCGCAGGCGUACAACGGCGGCGUACAGGGCAAGGAGGCACAUGCUCCUCCUUCGCACCAGGAGACAGGGCUGGCUUAG